UGUCGGUCAUUGGUUUCUGACUGAGGGCGGAGAGUGAAUUUGCUCGGUUUUCACUUAAUGCAAGUGAUCACUGGAAGCAGAUCUCCAAUAUCCCUGAGGGUAAUCACAAGGAUGAAGGUUGAUAUCCAUAAUCAUAUUUUACCAAAGGAGUGGCCCGAUUUGAAGCAGAGGUAUGGAUAUGAUGGAUUUGUGCAGCUUCACCAUCAUUGCAAGGGUGAAGCACAGAUGAUGAAGGAUGGGAAGCUGUUCCGAGUAAUUCAGGAAAACUGCUGGGAUGCUGGUGCUCGCAUUAGAGACAUGGACCAACAUGGUGUCACGGUUCAGGCCCUUUCUACAGUUCCUGUGAUGUUCAGUUACUGGGCCAAACCUCAUGACACACUGGAUCUCUGCAUCCUUUUAAAUGAUGAUUUGGCACAGACAGUACGUAGCCACCCCAAGAGGUUUGUGGGCCUGGGCACUCUGCCCAUGCAAGCUCCUGACCUAGCUGUGCUGGAGAUGACGCGCUGCGUGAAGGAGCUUGGUUUCCCUGGGGUGCAGAUAGGCUCACAUAUCAACAACUGGGACCUCAAUGCCACUGAACUCUACUCCUUCUAUGCUGCAGCUGAGGAGCUGGGCUGCUCCAUAUUUGUGCACCCGUGGGACAUGCAGACUGAUGGGAGGAUGGCUAAGUAUUGGCUGCCCUGGCUGGUGGGCAUGCCAACAGAGACAUCCAUGGCUAUUUGCUCGAUGAUAUUUGGAGGUGUCUUUGAGAGAUUUCCAAAAUUGAAAGUCUGCUUUGCACAUGGAGGGGGAUCUUUUCCUUUUACCAUUGGUAGAAUUGAACAUGGCCACACAGUCCGCCCUGACCUGUGUGCUGUCGACAACAAGAUCUCUCCCAGGAAAUACCUUGGUUCUUUCUACACCGAUUCCCUCGUUCAUGAUCCCAUUGCCCUGAAGCUGCUCGUUGAUGUUAUUGGAAAAGAUAAAGUGAUGCUGGGAACAGAUUAUCCAUUCCCUCUGGGUGAGCUGCAGCCUGGAUCACUGAUCGAGUCAAUGGAGGAAUUUGAUGACAAAUUAAAGGAUAAGUUACUUGCUGGAAAUGCACUGGAGUUUUUGGGCCUGAAAGAAGAGAAAUUUGAGUAACAGAAGAAUCUGCGAUACAACUGCUACUUCAGUGAAUCAGAGUGAAGAUUCAUUGUUUGACUAUUUAAAAAAAAAGUAUGACAAGCUUUUAUGAAAACCAAUUUUAUUGUUGUUUCAUAUAAUACAUUUAAUUAAAAAAAAGUUAUCCUCAAUUUUA